AGGCCGGUGGAAUGUUGCCAUUCAAAAAAAGCCAAAGAAACGGCUCCUUGGUUGGAAUUUCCCACCGCAGAAGGCAUCCUGGGGGGCAGCAUCUGGAGCCAAGCUCUGUCCGUUGACCCUUCCUUUGUCCCCAUCUUCAUCCCCGUUGGUAUAUCUGACAAGACUGGGUCAUAAUGUGGGACGUUGGGGUCAGGUGUCCAACACAACUCUCUCUUUCCCUCUGAUGGAGGACUUGGUACGGCCCUGCGAGUGUCUCCAAGAACCCUUGGUGAUGCAAAGAUUGAACACAUCGGUCCAGGACGUUGGUGGGACGUUGGUGGGCCCCUUUCCAAUGCUGGUGGACAGAACGUGUCUCAGUUCACUCCCAGUUGAAAAACUUAAGACAGAAUUGGUGGAGAUUAUCAUUGUCAGUUGUUUUCUUUGGUUUUGAGUCUUAAAGAAGUGCUCUGGAUCCAAAUCAAGACCUGCAGAGUCCCCAUCCAUCACUCUUUCUUCUUGAUGUCAUUCAAGACAGGGGCCAUUGGACCAAGACUGAUGCGAAUCAUGGAGAGUGGUGGCAAAGGCAUCGGGAACAGGCUGGUUUCCCAACUGGGAGCCUGUCUUGUCUUGCUGGGGUUCAUCUUUCCCACCUACAGCUCCUCCUAUGAGGUGAUCAUCCCACGGCAGUUGAUCCCAACAAAGGAGGAUGACCAUGCUUAUAUCAUCAAGGCAGCAGGGAAGGAGUAUAUCAUCCGACUAAAGCCCAAGAUGCACGUUCCUGUUCAAAACUUUCCGGUGUUCACAUACGAUUCCCAAGGGAAGCAGAUUGAGAGCCAGCCCUACAUCCCUAGGGCAUGCUACUACGAAGGGCAUGUGGAAGGCGUCAUGGAUUCGCUUGUCACCCUCAGCACUUGCAAUGGUCUGAAGGGCUACCUGAAAAUCGGUGACAAAGAUUAUGGGAUCAAGCCAAUUAAGGAUUCCUCCACGUUUCAGCAUCUUCUCUAUCUCACGGAAGACUUGGAGGCCAACUCCUCGGGGUGCGGAAUGAGAGGCGAAGAGGCGGAGCGGCAGGCAGAAGAACCCAAAAGAAGAGCAAGUCGAUCUCACAAAGAUCUGCACACCAACCCCACACAUCCCAAGUACAUUGAGAUCUAUAUUGUGGUAGACCAUGCCAUGUUUCUCAUUGAAUCUGCCAACGAAACUAUAGUGCUCCAAUUAGUUUUGGACGUUCUCAACAUGGUGGAUGCGCAUUAUCGGCCCCUCAAUGUGCACAUCACCAUCAUGGGGCUGGAGAUUUGGACCAACGGCAACCACAUCGACAUUACCAAAGACAUCACCACCACGCUGAAUGAGUUCAACACCUGGAAGUUGGCGCAUUUCGACAUGUUUCCGCAUCAUGACACGACCCACUUGUUCUUCCACCAAAACUUUAGUGACAGCUUUGGGAAGGCUUUUCAAGGUGGGAUCUGCAAACAAGAGCUUGCGGUGGGGGUCGAGGCCUAUGUCGAAAGCGACUUGAUCCUCUUUGUCAAGGCGGUGUCUCAUGAGCUUGGCCAUCACUUGGGGCUCGUCGACGACGACCACACCUGCUUCUGUGGUCCAUACCAAGAUUGCAUCAUGAGUUCGUAUUACAGCACCGUCAGCAUGUUCAGUAACUGCAGCUUUAACACUUUCUUAGAGCUCGCCCUCCUCGAUAAGUUGGAAUGCCUCAGGAAUGUCCCCCACAAUGUGGAAGUUGUCAAGCGUUGUGGCAACAGCGUGCUGGAUAUCGGAGAAGAGUGCGAUUGUGGGGGACCCGAGCAAUGCAGAGGAGACGAGUGCUGCAAUCCCGACUGCACCUUUAAGGGAAAAGCCACGUGUUCCACCGGACCCUGCUGUAAAAAUUGCCGGUAUCUUCCCAGCGGGCAAGUCUGUCGGACCAAAAUCAGCGAAUGUGACCUUCCAGAGUAUUGCCCUGGAGACUCGCAGUGGUGCCGCACUGACCUUUACGUGCAGGACGGGACACCGUGCAGCGAACAGGCGUCAUUUUGCUAUGAGAAGAAGUGUUGGACCCACAACUUCUUAUGUGACAGAGUCUUUGGCAAGGGAUCUCGAGUGGCUCCGGAGAGCUGUUUCCGUGCGCUGAACACUGUCGGGAGUGCGAUUGGCAACUGUGGCGGGAACCGCAUCCGAGAGGAAUACGUGAAAUGCAAGGUGAAAGACGUCCUGUGUGGUCGGAUACACUGCACCGACGUUGAAGUGGUCCCCAACGACAUUAAAUUUAUGAAAAUUGUGUGGGUGCCGCUCGCAAAAACCCAGUGCUGGAGCAUCGAUUACCAGGGCGAAGUCGACCGCUAUGACCUCGGCGUGGUGCCCGACGGCACAAUGUGCGGCCCCAAAAGGAUCUGCAUGAACCGCACCUGCAUCCCGGCCACCAUCCUGCGGUCGCAGUGCAACCCGGAGAAGAAAUGCAGCGGACGAGGCAUUUGCAACAACAACAACAAUUGCCACUGCAACGAGGGAUGGGCCCCUCCCUUUUGCAAGUAUUGGGGCACGGGGGGAAGCAUUGACGGAGGAUUCCCCUUAAUGUCCUGGAGCACGUCCCUGGUGAGGUACACCUUUGGCACCAUCAUCCCGCUGGCAUUGCUCUCCAUCGCCGCCAUCACCGUCAUCGUGCCCAAACUGUUGUCAAUGAUACCCAAACUCGCCCAGUGGUGGGGAUUGAGGUCCAGAACUAUUAGGAUCUCUCAAAGUAGUAUGAUAGAGAGCACAAGAGACAGGGGUAGGGCAGUAAACGUGGACCACAUGGGCUUUGCCAUUCCCUCAAGAACACCAGUCUAGGCCUUGACUGACCUGGACAAUUCUCUCUCCAAAAAGUGAGAAAGCAGACCCAUGCACUUAUCUCCAUAGUUUUUAAUUUUAGCAUGAAAAAUCCUUGUGAUGUUAUAUGUGUUGGAAUAAAACUUCAAACUUGUCACAUUGGCAAGGGAGAGAAAAAAAGCGUGAAUUUGUUUAGAAGUCACGUUCCAUGCUCAAUUGACAGAUCAGUUGUUUCUCCAGUCCAAUCUUUAGUCCAAAGUACAGUAGAGUCUCGCUUAUCCAACGUAAACGGGCCGGCAGAACAUUGGAUAAGCGAAUAUGUUGGAUAAUAAGGAGAGAUUAAGGAAAACCCUAUUAAACAUUAAAUUAGGUUAUGAUUUUACAAAUUAAGCACCAAAACAUUAUGUUAGACAACAAAUUUGACAGAAAAAGCAGUUCAAUAUGCAGUAAUGUUAUGUUGUAAUUACUAUAUUUACAAAUUUAGCACCA